AUGGCUGGAGAUAAAACUAAAGAAAAAGAUAAGACUGGAGAUAAAACAGAUAAAACUAAAGAAAAAGAUAAAGCUGGAGAUAAAGUAGAGUACUGUGGAUUGUGUUGUCGGCAAAUCAGUGACACUGCUUCAGCUGAGAGUACUGGCGCAUCGUGUAAACAUAUGUUUCAUACACUUUGUGUAAAGGUGCGUUAUUGUUUACAAACAAAGGUAGAUGCCAAGGCUUUUGUAGCGGUUAGGUGUCCGGUCUGUCCAUUACCUACGGACUCUGCUGCAGUGCUGGCGCAGAUUAAUGCCAAGCUAGACUUGUUAACUACGAUGAAUGAAAAAUUAACAGGUCUGACGGAGCGUGUUGACAAAUUACAAGAUACCUGCGGUACAUUAAAUGAUCGUGUCACGAAGCUUGAGGCAGGAGGGUUGCCAGACAUUGGAUCUUCGAAUAGUGCUGCUUUUAUAAAGCAGGUUGCGGAUCAGGUUAGCAGUACAGUAAAGGCAUCGUCUGACAUUAAUGUGGAAAUACGUCAGCUUCAGUUGGAGUCUGCAUUACUCAGUGACCAAUUUGUUGUUUCUGGUUUUAAGGAAGUUGAAUCAGAGAAUUUGCUUGAUAUGGUUGUGCGGCUUGGGUCUAUGAUGGGUGUGCCUGACUUAAAUUGCGAUAGGUUUCAGUAUGCGGACAGAAUUGGCAAGAAGGGUCCAGGGGCUAGAUGUCGCGAGAUUGUUGUCAAGUGUAAGUCGCCACAGACUGUCAACAGUUUUAUUGCUGCAAGGAGAAAGCUUAAGGAUCUUACGGCUAAUGUGAUAAUUCCAGGCAUGCCUAGAGUGCCUAUUUAUGUUAGUAGGAGGUACCCGCAAUCGCUGUACAAACUAAAGCGAUCAUUGAUAGGAAAAUAUCCAGCAAUAGAUAAGAGAAACAUCUGGAUUGCUAACACAUCUGUAAUUCCGAGUGUACCUAAUUAUUUAAAACUAUGUCACCUUAAUGCUCAAUCACUUGUGUCUCAUGUUGAUGAAUUUCAAGAACAAUUUAGAUCUGAUUUUUCGGAUGUUAUUGCUGUGUCUGAGACUUGGCUCAAUGCGAAUGUUGUUGAUGUUCAGAUUAAUUUGCCAAGCUUUCGGUUACAUAGAAAUGACAGGAGGCUGCGUCAUGGGGGUGGUGUUGCAUUGUUUGUGAAGAAUACAUUGUCUUCAAGGGUAGUGGCAUGCUCAUCGAACUUAUCAGAUUUUGAAUUGGAAUAUAUUGCUGUUGAAUUACUGGCUGAUAACAGCAGAAAGAUAUUAGUUUGUGUUAUUUACCGACCGCCGCGAGCGGCAUUGUUUGAUGCUUUUGAGCAAGACUUUGAUCAGCUGCUGCCUUUUUACAACAACAUUGUGAUUAUUGGUGAUUUAAAUAUUAACAUGUUGACGGAUUCUUAUGAGUCCAAGUGUCUGAGGGACUUCUGCAGCAUGCAUGAUUUGUAUUUGGUUCCCUAUGCUGCUACGCAUCAUACGGCGACGUCGGACACGUGGAUUGAUCAUUGCAUUGUGAGUGACCAAGCAGCGGUUAUUUCUUCAGCUCAGUCAGAUGUGCCUUUUUUGUCAAGACAUGAUGUGAUAUCGGUGAAUGUGAAUUUUGCUAUGACAAAGCAGCAGGCAAAGACAAUUAAGUGUCGCAGUUGGAAGCUAAUCACCCCGGAAGCCAUUGAGGCCCAAGUGUUAGAAACUGAGCUACCGAUGUUUGAUCGUUAUAAGACAUUGGAUGAGUCGGUUACUACUCUGAAUGGUGGUAUUUGUCGAGUUUUGGACUCAAUUGCUCCUGAGCGUACAAUCAAAGUUUCUAGGUUACCAGCUCCGUGGCUUAAUGACGACAUACGUGAUCUCCAAAGCAGAAGGAAUAAGUUGUAUAGAAUUUUCAAAAGAACUGGGUAUGCGUAUGCUGAGUUUUCCAAUGUGCGUCGUCUAGUUAAACGAAGGAUUUUGGCUGCCAAGAAGGAUUAUUUAAAAUCGAGGCUAGAACUUCAUGGAAGUCCGAAGGCAAUUUGGAAUGAUUUCAGGCGGCUUGGGCUUCUCAAAACUAAGUCAUCUGUAAAUCCGUUAAAUCUUGAUGUUGAAGGACUCAAUGAUUAUUUUGUGUCAAUUGGUGGCAGUUGUGUAAGCGAUGAUUUGCUGCUGGCGGCGUGCAUGUGUGGCGAUGGUGAUCAGCAGUUUACUUUUGUUGAGAUUACUAUUAGUGAUGUUGAAAAGAACUUAAAACGCAUUAGCACAGGUGCGGUUGGGCCGGAUGGGGUUCCAAUUGGGUACUAUAAGCUAUUACUGCCAUUUUGUUUGCAAUCGAUUGUGGACUUGCUCAAUGCGUCAUUGGUGUCAUCAGAGUUUCCGAAGCAGUGGAAAGAUACAUUUGUUAUUCCGAUACCGAAGGUGCUUGAGCGCUGUGUCUAUGAACAAUUAGUCUGCUAUGUUACGGCUAAUAACUUAUUAGAUCCUUGUCAAACUGGGUUUCGUGAGGGAAUGAGUACGCAAACGGCAUUGCUUCGAUUAUGUGACGAUAUACGUGCUGGAAUCGAUGAGCGGUUAAUUACUAUUGCAGUGUUUUUUGACUUUACAAAAGCAUUUGAUAGUGUUGAUCAUUUGCUACUACUGAUGAAGCUACGAGAACUGAACCUUUCAGAGAGUGCACUAAGGUGGUUUCAUUCGUAUUUGACGUGCAGGCGUCAGGCGGUAAAAAAUGAGGAUAAUGUCUCGUCAUGGAAAGAGCUGACUAGUGGAGUGCCUCAGGGGAGUGUGCUUGGACCGCUGCUGUAUGCACUGUUUGUUUCGGAGCUUGGUUCUGUGAUAGACUGUAAGCAUAUAUUUUAUGCUGAUGAUCUAGUGAUCUAUGUUAUUAGCAAAAUGGAAGGAAUUGGACAGGCAGUGGAUGGGCUGAACGCUACGAUUGUGAAAAUUGAAGAUUGGUGCCGUCACAAUCGGCUCAAACUUAAUGAGGCUAAGACAAAAGCUGCUAUUUUCGGCAGUCGGCAACAUGUUAGCAGUCAAGUUUGUCAGAAUGCACCUGGUGUGCUCGUAGAGGGAGUGCCUGUUGUCUAUGUCUCGAGUGUCAAGUAUCGUGGUGUUCGCUUAGACAGUACUUUGUCUUGGCAUGACCAAGUGGUAUCUACCAGCCAACAAGCGAUGAGUUGUCUUGCUCGAUUGAAAAUGAACAGUAAGGUGCUAAGUGCUUCAAUGCGGAGAAGACUAGUUGCUGCUCUGAUAUUGCCUAUAUUUGAUUAUUGCAGUGCUGUAUUUACAAAUAUUUCGGGGACUUUGCAACUUAGGCUCCAGCGGAAGUUCAAUGCUUGCAUCAGAUUCAUAUUUGGAGCUCGGCGGUUUGAGCACAUAACACCUUACAGGAGGAGACUUGGAUGGUUGACGCUCCGAAGUAGGCGUGAGUUUCUAAUUUUGAGUCUGGUGUAUAAAAUGCUAAAUAUGCAGCAUCAUAAGUUGUUGCAUUCGAAUUUCAAAAUAUUGCUUGAUGUCAGGGGUCGUGCUGAGCGUAGAAAUCAAGUUCUGCAUCAGCCUGCCUGUAGGACUGUUGCCUAUGAAAAUUCAUUCUUGUUGACUGCAGUAAGGGAAUGGAAUCAGUUACCGAGUGAUCUUGUGGCCGUGAAUUCUUCAGCUGAGUUUCAGACGUUGUGUUACAAAUUAAUUUUUGAUAAAGACAUUUGA